CCCCCAGCAUGGCGGCGCCCGCAGCCCCACAGCCACGCCUGCCGCACGCAGCCCCGGCGCUCCUGCUCCUCCUCACCGCUCUCGCCACCAGCCUCGCCUGCCAACAGCUCUGGACACACGACGACGACACCUUCCCUGGCGACGCCCUGCGCCUCCUCCAGGACAUGGCCCCUGCCCACACACAGCCCUGCCACCUCCAAGAGCUGCCCUUCUUCCCCGAAACCCUCCCGCUCAACAAUCUCCACCCGCGCCAAGCCGCCGCCACCGCCCUACGCAUCCUCCAGCACCUCUUCCACACCCUCAGCACCAACAGCACCCGCCAGCACUGGCCCGCACAGCCUCGCAACGACCUCCUCAACAAACUCCAGCACCACAUCCACCGCCUCGAGCAAUGCCUCCCCGACAGCGCCGCGCUCUUCAAAGGACCACGCAACCCGCUGCUCACCAUCAACAAGUACUUCAGGGACAUCCAGCUCUUCCUCCACGCCCACAACCACAGCGCCUGCGCCUGGGACCACGUCCGCCUCGAAGCUCGCGCUGCUUUACAGCACCUCCACAGCCUCGCACGCACCAUGCGCCGCUAGCACAAACACCCACACACCCACCCACACCCACCACGCUCCCACACCUACGCCCCAAACCCACCUCACCUCGCUAGCCCGGGACAACGGACACGGCUCUCACCACCGCGCGCCACCGCAGCCUACAACCACGGACACUCCAUUGAUACAGCCUCUCCCAGGCACUCACACACGGGACUUUUUCUACUUAUUUAUGUACCCACUUAUUUAUUCAUUUGUUGAUUUAUUUAUUUAAUUAUUUAUUCACCUAUUUAUUUUUCUACUUAUUCAUUCAUUUGUGCCACACAAAAUAAAGACCUAUUACACAACGCUUGCCACUGCCUCUCGUAUCCCUAGCACUGCAGACACUCUUUGCGCCAGGGCAAAGCACUCUCCACUCAACACCUACGCCAAGCCCUGCUCCAAACAGCCCCUGCCCACUCUUCCCAAUGCCUCCUGCCCAAGCACCAUCCUGCAGCAACCUCUUUGCAAAAACAUUGCUACACUUUGGCCAACAACGCAAAAAUAAAAACACCCUAACACUCCAAUGACCCGCCGCAGCUCAUCUGCCUUAUCCACACCGUCCUACAGCCAUCCAAUCCAUGCCUCUCUGACUAAGACACAAGGAUCUUGGGCGAGACCCUGUCAAACGCUUUGCACAAGCCCAGGCACAAACCACCUCACUCCCUCUGCUCCUAUCCACUCCCUCUGCUCCUAUCCACCACUGAUGUGUAACCCUAAUCAUAGAGCCUCGCCAAAUCUGCCGGCAACGGCAAACAUCCACUUUGCAAAGCCAUCUUCCCUGGUACCAAUCACCUCCUUCUUUUCCAUACCUCUUAGCGGAUUUCCCCUUUCCUGGAGAAGCACCACCAUCACCUGGCCUGCAACGAAGCCCACACUCACCGCUCUCUAGUUCCCACGCACUUCUGCUUCUCCCCUUUUUAAAAACAGCGCUUACAUUUCCCUUCUUCCACUUACCGGCGACUUCCAACUCAA